AAAAUGACUUUACCUUAUUUAACAGAUGAUUGUAUUCAUUACAUUUUACAAUUCCUUCAAAAUGAUUUUUCAACUUUACGUAAAUGUUUAUUAGUUAAUCGGUUUUGGUGUAAAUCAACAAUUCCUUUGCUUUAUGCAAAUCCUUUUGCAAAAA